CAAGGGCAAGUGAAGAAAAUAAUUCUAUAGAAUAAGUAAUAUUUUGAAACAUUAAUGUUAGAUAUUAAUAUUUCAAAAUACUUUUUAUUAAAAUCAUAAUGAUAUAACAAACACAUUUUAAUUUCAGAACAAGAUUGUGCGGUAUGUUUACAAAAAUGUCAUCAUCCCACACAGUUACCAUGUGGACAUGUUUUCUGUUUUCUUUGUGUAAAGGGUGUUGCUAUCCAAAACAAAAAGUGUGCUAUGUGCCGAGCAGAAAUUCCAUCAGAUUAUCUUGAUCAUCCCAUAUUACUGGAAAAAUUAUCUUCACAAGAAUCAGCUAUUGAAAAUAUAAAUAAAGAUUUUCAAUGGUAUUAUCAGGGACGCAAUGGUUGGUGGAAAUACGACGAGCGCAGCAAUGAAGAAUUGGAAGUGGCAUUUAAUUCAGGAGAAACAAAUUUUACACUUCUCUUGGCUGGAGCACUAUAUAGUAUAGACUUUCAAACUAUGAUGCAAGUCCGUUCCAAUGAUCCGACUCGCCGGCGACAUAUACGUAGAGAUAUACCGACAUUACCCGCAAAAGGUGUAGCUGGAAUUAAAAUCUUCGAAAACACACAAACCGAACAAACAAAAAGGAAUACGGAAGACGAUUUAAAUGAAGUUGAAGUUAUAAGUAGUCACUCUGAGGAUGAAGUUAUUGAAAUUGAAGAUGAUGAUGAAAGCGAUGUCGUUCCAGACGAGAGUACCAAUUCUAAUUCAUCUAUCGAUAUAAACAGUUAUUUUAGUUCUUUAAAUUUGGCAGACCCGGAAACUUCGAGAGACCUUCCCAAUGUGGAGGAUACCUGAUUAUAAUAAAAUCACGAAUAAGAAAGAUAUGAAAAAAUAUUUGUAGAUGUUAUUGUCAAUUAGUUAUAACUUAUUUAUAAAUUUAUUGUACAGGAAGUAUUAU